AUGUCCAAGACUACCGCGGCCGGCAACAAGUACCGUAUCACGCUCGGUCUGCCCACGGGCGCCGUGCUCAACUGCGCGGACAACUCGGGCGCCAAGUCGCUCUUCGUCAUCGAGCCGUUCGGUUUCGGUUCGCACUUGAACCGUCUUCCCGAUGCUGGUGUCGGUGAUAUGGUUGUUGCGUCGGUGAAGAAGGGAAAGCCCGAGCUCAGGAAGAAGACCAUGCCCGCCGUUGUCGUUCGCCAGCGCAAGUCCUGGCGCAGGAAGGACGGUGUCACCCUCUACUUCGAGGACAACGCCGGUGUGAUCGUCAACCCGAAGGGCGAGAUGAAGGGCUCCGCCAUCACCGGCCCCGUCGCAAAAGAGUGCGCCGACCUCUGGCCGCGUAUCGCGUCAAACGCAGGCACCGUCGUAUAA